AUGAGGAAAGAUACAUGUUCUGAAGAGUCAAACUAGAUUGCGAGGGACGGAGUCAUAACUUCUAAAAUGAAGUGAACAGUACUAGCUUAAAAGCUGUGUGGUAUAAACGAUUAUUCGCUCCAGCAAUUGACAUGCCGUGGAUCACAACACUGUUAUUCCACCACACAUUUAUUACGAUUCACAUUGCAUGAGUGGCCACACGUGGCUCAGUGCGUGAGAGCUAGCACUGCAAGAGCCUAUGAAUGAUUCAUCGCGCCUCAGGAGGUGUCUAAGUUGCGGAACAGUCAAAUGAUUGAGUGAUUUAAACAUCCUCUUUAGUCUCGUUGAUAUCAAGUUACUCGCUCAUUGAAAUCAACUUGUCCGGAAAUAUUUUGUACAGUGGUUCUCCGUAGCUCUUUGCCUGGAAAAAUCAGCGGAAUCUUUAACAUGGGAGUAUUUGACAGUCUGUUGCAACCCCCAGAGAGGAAGGCGUUGUUUAUGGUGGGAACUGGAAAUAGCGAAAGAAAGGGGAUUGGAUGUGCAGUAGAAUGUGAGGGGAAAUAUUAUGUGCUCACGUGUAGAGAUGUUGCCAGCCCUGAAGACGCAGGAGCAGACAAUGAGCACGAAUUUAUCUUAGAUCGCUAUUGUUCGAAUAAUCCAAAGCAUGUCGGCAAACAUCGCCCGAAAGCCCUAGAUAUUCUGUGCGAUGACAAGCGUAGUUUUCUCCUUCUCCCAGAUGACCAAGUUUUGUGUUCGCAUUUCCUUUUGAGUGCAGACAGUAAAAAGAAAGAGAAGGUUUACUCAUAUUUUCUCAGUGAUGAUGGAAAACGAGCACAAUCUAUUGAUUGGUCGUACAAUAACAACACGAGGAAGUACUCCAUUGGGCGUGACCUCGACAGAAAAAACUUUCUUGGUUCACCGGUGCUAUAUUCUGAUAAGACGGAUAAAACCUUUGUGGUUGGAGUGGUUGGUAAGGAAGAGAACACUUAUCACCCAAUUUUCUUCGAGAGCGCCUCACUUCCUUAUCCUGGUGCUCCCAGUCAAGUAUAUAUUGUACCGGUUCCACGUGAAAUAACUGAGGACAGGGUGACGUUGACGUGGACAGCACCUAAAGACAAUGGAGGAGUUAUAACAGAGUAUACAGUCUAUCAAAGAAAAGUUAAUGGCUCACCUUCUGACUGGGAAAGAAAGCCAACUGGUCUACACUCUCUUCAGCAUGAAAUCGUUGGUUUAGAAAGGGGGAAAAUGUAUGAAUUCCAAGUAACUGCCACAAACCGGUAUGGUGAGAGCCCAAAAGGGGAGGACGCGACAAGGGGAGUAAGAGUGUUGGGUGUCCCCAAUCAAGUGAAAAUUGUAGAAUAUCCAAGUGAAAUAAUUGAAGACAGAGUGACCUUGACGUGGAGAGCACCUGAAGACAAUGGUACAGUUGUAACACAGUAUACAGUCUAUCAAAGAGAAGUCAAUGAAGAUGGUUCACGUUCUAACUGGAAAGGAGAGGCAACUGGUCGAGACGUUCUUCAACAUGAAGUCGUUGGUUUAGAAAGCGGGAAAAUGUAUGAAUUCCAAGUAACUGCCACAAACCAGUGUGGUGAGAGCACAAGGGUAGAGAAGGGCCCAAACAUAGUCCAAAUUGCAUGUGUUUCACCUGAUUCAUUAUUGGAGUUUUUGCUAUUCAAGAUUUUUUCGUUUCUCAACAACACGAUCUGGUCUUGGCGGAAUUGGACGGAAGGUUGAAGAGGUCAUGGACAUCGAAAGUGAACCACACAAUUGGUUAGAGUAAUUUAACGUAGUCUCAAACAAUAUUGGCCGCGGCAUUUAAAACAAUUUACAUCAGUUUUAAUUUACGUUACAUAUGAAACAAUGGAUGGCGUCGAAGCUGCGCUCUGAUUGGGUACUCAAACUCUAAAUAUAUAUCCUUUGCUAUUUAUCUCCUAUAACUCGUGCGGGAUUUGCGCCUAAAAAUAAAUAUUGUCAUCGUUGUUAGUAUAAAUGAGUUAAAAUCGUUUCUUGCGUGAUUGUCUAUACUAAAAUUACUAGUCACCUUUGAGCAACUGAAGAGACAAAAUCGCGUGUCGCCAAUUUUUUGGUAUAAUGACAAUAAUAAACUGACAUUUUCAUAUAUGCGGGUGUAUACUGGAAAAUUAUAAGAACGUAUUUUUGACAGAGGCGGAUUUCUUUGGCGAAAGUCUUAUUCAAAGAUGACAGCUUAAGAUUUAAGUUUGCAAACAUCUUCAACUGAUAAGGGCUAAAAAUGUUCAUCAAAACAGGUCGGAUUAACUUGGAUGUUAAUGUGAUGAUAAAACCAGUCAUCAGAACCAAAGGAUAGAAAUUCAACCAGGACACCUAUCAUUUGAAUCCCAAUUGACGUUGUUUUAAUUGUAGAAUGAUUGAAUACCGAAGAGCUCAAGUGGUAUACCUCAGUAGACUAUUGUUAUUUUAGGGUAGGGGCAGAUGGGUAAUGGCUCAGAUUCUGACACUGAAUUGAUCCAGACGCAGUUAAAAUUUCGAAUUGAUCUGCGCAUAAGCUAUGUGAUGUGUCUUGUCCAUCUCACUUAGUCCUUGCAAAGUUAAAAGUUGACGUGAACAUUCAUAGGGCCAUCGUUGGUGCCCAUUUAAUGAAAGACGCUUUUUUAUGUAAGGCUCAUUUUUUUACAGUCAUCAAGUUGAUCCAAAGCAAACGUUUCAAUAGAAAUUGUCUUGCCCAUAAAAAAUUACUCUGUUCCAUGUGGCAUGGACAUUUUUCGGGUUUUGAUUUGGGGGGCUUUGCAGAUUGGCCUGAAGCUGCAAGGUCGAAAAACUUUUGGGGAUACGUAGGUGGGUUAGGGUAGGUUUUUCAUUCAGUUUCCUUACUGUAUCAGUCCUUAUGGGCGGAAAACUUUACGAUUUACUAGAAUUCAAUUAAAUGAAUCAAAUGUGUGGAGUGCGCUGUCUGUUAGACUUUUAUAAUAGUUUGCAAAGUUUUUUUUCUUUAUCUGAUGAUUUGUAAUUUCCAGCAAUUCGCAAACUAAAUUUUUAGCGGAAAUUCAGGUUAUAAUUUCGGCAGUCCAGUAAUUUAAAAGACCCGCCUUCAAAAUAUUCAUACCAUAUGGUAUCACAUACACUUUACAACGGGUGGGCGUCCCAUAUCUAUAGUUAAAAGUAUCUAAUUAUUACACAUGCAAAUUGAAUAAUGAAAAAAAAGAAAAACA